AUGUUGAGUCGAUUUCAGAUCGUUCAACUCACAAAUCACGACGACAUCGAUCACUUUCCAGAGAGAGUAAGCCAUGUGUAUGAUAAUUGCCUAAUUCACUUGAAAAUCAUCAUAGCACAUUCGGAAAAUGAACGAUCUGGAGAAGAAACGGAUAUAUCAACAGAUAAACGUCAUCGAAAGGAGUCGCAAACCAGUGCAAAUGGGUUCUUUACCGAACCAGAAGGUAAAGGGAAGAAGUCAACAAAAAUUCGUCGGAAUCCGUUCAAGAAAGCAGCUUUUGCUAUUCUUUUUGUCGUUUUUGUCAAACAUCGAGUCCAUCAAAAUCGAUCCCAUCGAGUGUAUCUCGAUCCGGAUGGUCCGAUAUUCAAUGCACUGAUCCAAGCAAUAACUUAUCCGAUAUCUUUGCAACAUGCUCUGAAUAGUUCAUCGAGAAAUUAUUCAGAGGCCAUUGAAACGAUCGGAAAUGCAAUGAAAGAUAUCGUAUCGAAAAUCACUCAGUUUAUGCCGAAAGAUGGUAUUCUUGGCAUGACGAAAACUUCGGCCAUAUCAAUUUUUCUUCAAAAUGGAAACCCAUUUCCUGACAAAUAUUUUUGGGAGUACGAUAAAAUUGGUCAAAUCACAUCAAGUCAAUCGAUGAGUUUGAAAGUUUUGUCCUCUGUUUUGCUUCAUCUUGGUCGCCGUGCAGCUGGAACCAAGUCUCAACUUAUCGCUUUACCGAACGAAUGGAAACUUUCAUUAUACACCGAUGUUGACAUGGAAUCGAUUAUUGCGAAUUCUCAAAUCAAAUCAAUAAUGAAUACAUGCGAACAUUCAUUACGAAUAUGGUGCAAGGAAUAUGUUCGUCGAAUCGAUGAAAGCUACGGAAAAGAACUACGAAAAUGA